AUGAACGUCCACCUCACCGUCUUCAUUGCUGCACUCGCCAGCCUCUCCACUAGCGUCAACGCCGGCAGCUGCCCAUUUGGCUAUGACUCGAUCGCCGCUGUGCACCAGCAAGACCGUCAGAUCUCCACCGAGCUCUACGGCCCAAACGAUUGCGACGUGAUCGAUUAUGAGCUCGUGAAGCAAGACCUGCUGCAUCUGAUGACAGACUCGCAGGACUUUUGGCCGGCCGACUUUGGUCACUACGGUGGUCUCUUCAUCCGUCUAGCGUGGCACUGCAACGGCUCCUAUCGCCGUUCCGACGGUCGCGGAGGCUGCGACGGUGGCCGCAUUCGGUUCACUCCAGAGUACAGCUGGAAAGACAAUGCCAAUUUGGACAAAGCGCUCAAAUUACUCGAGCCCAUCAAGCUCAGGUAUGGCGACGCACUGUCAUGGGGUGACCUCAUUGUAUUGUCUGGUGACGUGGCUAUCCAUAGCAUGGGUGGCCCCGUGCUGGGAUUCUGCGGCGGUCGUCGUGAUGACGCCGAUGGUACAGCAAGCUUGCAGUUGGGCCCGUCACCCGAGCAGGAAAGUGUGGCUCCGUGUGCUGUGGACGGUCAAUGCCAGGAGCCGCUGGGCGCCACGGAAUUGGAACUCAUUUACGUAAACCCAGAGGGUCCAAUGGGCGUGCCAGACCCGGCGUUGUCGGUGCGCGACAUACGCGACACGUUCAAGCGCAUGGGUAUGAACGACCGUGAGACGGUUGCGUUGAUUGGUGGGGGUCACGCUUUCGGCAAGACGCACGGUGCUUGUCCAACGGGCCCUGGCCCCAAUCCAACGGAGAGCCCUUUGAACCCCUGGCCGGGAACCUGUGGCGAAGGUGUGCUCAAAGGUAAAGGCAACAACACGUUUACAAGUGGCUUUGAAGGUUCGUGGACCUUCACGCCUACGAAAUGGGGCAAUGGCUACUUCAAAGGCCUCACCAGGUUUGAGUGGGAAAAGUUCGAUGGCCCUGGCGGUCGCGUCCAGUGGCGCCCUGUACCCGACACGACGCCGCCCGUGCGUAUGCUGACGAUUGACAUCGCGUUGCUUUACGACCCGAGCUACCGCAACAUCUCGCUCGAGUUUGCGGCCAAUCAGGCCGCCCUAGACGAGGCGUUUUCGCACGCCUGGUACAAGCUCAUGUCACGUGAUCUUGGCCCCGUAGCUCGUUGCCGUGGUAACGACGUGCCACCUGCUCAGCCGUUCCAGAUGCCACUACCGCCGACUCCCGCAACGCUACCGAACUUUAAUGACGUACGCUCGGAUAUCCACUCGCUGUUAAGAAAAUCAGUGGACGGUUUGGAGAGUGACUCGAGCAGCGAUGCUACGCCGUAUAACGGCGCUCUGUUUGUACACGCUGCGUGGCAGUGCGCGUCAACGUUCCGCAUGACGGACUACGCUGGCGGUUGUAACGGUGCUCGGAUUCGUUUCUCGCCACAAAAGGACUGGGCCGUGAAUGCUGGUGUGGACACGAUCAUUGGUGCACUUGAGAGUGUCAAGAAGUCGUAUCCAGCUCUGUCAAUGGCCGAUCUGAUCGUGUUGGCGGGCCAAGUGGCUCUGGAGGACGUAGGCAACGUGACUAUUGACUUUCUGGGUGGUCGCACGGAUGCUGAAAAUGGCAACGGCACGGAGAUUUUGUCGCCACGUGAGUAUUACAACACGACGCUGAUCGCCGUGCGCGACAGCAUUAAAAUCCUGGGCGUAUCCCCGUACGAAGCAGUGGCUUUGGCUGGUCGUCCACGCAGUUUGAUUCAGCAGAAGAUGCUGGGUUACAGCGGCUCGUACAGUAAUGACUCGUUGAUGCUGUCGAACAAGUACUUCCAGGUGCUUUUGAAUGAGACGUGGACGCAGAUGUCGGAGAAGGAGUACAAAGCGGAGGGCAAGGACGUGUACAUGAUGGACACGGACUUGGCGCUGCUAGCGGCGCCUGAGUUGAAAGAGGCGGUGCAAUUGUUUGCGUCGGAGAAAGGUGUUUUCAAAAACACGUUUGCUUUGGCUUGGGCCAAGGUCAUGAUGGCUGACCACUUUAAUGCGAGCAGCUACUAA